CCGGGACACUGGUAUAAAGGACACGGGGACCCCGCGAUAAGCAUUUAGCCUUCGGGACCGACAAGUUUAGGCAGAGGUCCCGAUAUUCCCGCUCCUGCCGCUGCUGAGACGCUCGGGUUUGAAGCAUGAAUUUCUACCUGUGUUUAGUUUCCCUAUGUUUGGGAAUAGUAGCUGCUGUUCCAAAACUUGACCGGACUUUAGAUGCUCAGUGGUACCAAUGGAAGGCAAAACAUAGAAGAACUUAUGAAGCGAAUGAAGAUGAUUGGAGGAGAGCAACAUGGGAGAAGAAUUUGAGAAGGAUUGAAAUGCACAAUCUGGAGUACAGUGCUGGCAAACACAGUUUCCAGAUGGAAAUGAACAAGUUUGGUGAUAUGACCAAUGAAGAAUUCAGACAAGUGAUGAAUGGCUUUUCAACAAACAGAGUUCAAAGGAGGACUAAAGGAAAACUGUUUCGUGAACCUCUCUUGGUACAGAUCCCUAAAUCUGUAGACUGGAGAGACAAAGGCUAUGUAACUCCUGUUAAGAAUCAGGGUUCAUGUGGUUCUUGUUGGGCAUUUAGUGCAACUGGUUCCCUUGAAGGCCAAUGGUUCCGUAAAACAGGAAAACUUGUUUCACUUAGUGAACAGAAUUUGGUUGACUGCUCUUCAGAGCAAGGCAACUCAGGCUGUAAUGGUGGCUUGAUGGAUAAUGCCUUUGAAUAUGUGAAGAAAAAUGGAGGAAUUGAUACGGAAGAAUCCUAUCCCUAUGUUGGAAAGGAUGGUACCUGUCAGUAUAAUGCACAGUGUUCUGGUGCUAAUGUCACUGGAUAUGUGGACAUCCCAACUGGGCUGGAACGGGCUCUCGCAAAGGCCGUGGCAACUAUGGGUCCAAUCUCUGUUGCUAUUGAUGCAGGACAUUCAUCCUUCCAGUUCUAUCGAGAAGGUGUCUAUUAUGAACCAGACUGCAGUAGUGAACAACUAGAUCAUGGUGUGUUGGUUGUGGGCUAUGGUGUUGAGGGAAAAAAUGGCAAGAAAUACUGGAUUGUCAAGAACAGCUGGGGUGAGGAGUGGGGAAACAAAGGAUACGUUUUAAUGACCAGGGACCACAACAACCACUGUGGAAUAGCAACAGCAGCCAGCUAUCCUGAGGUGUAAAGUGAUUGAAGGAGGAUUGCUUCACAGAGAGAUGUGAUCUGACCUGUAUUGUUGAGUAUAAAAUACUUGAACCACCCAGGAUCCAAGAUGUAAUUUGAAUUUUUUUUUUGGUGAUAUUUUUACAUUUGUGAAAUGUAAACACUACUUUGUUAUAAAUAGCUUGUAAUAUUGCUUAAUUCAAAGACUUAUAAAUUUUCAUUUUAAAAUUGUAUGUAUAAAGCUUUACCUUUUUAAAUAAACCUCAAUUCGUUAUAUAUGAA